AUGUCGUCUCUUCAAGUUCGCCUCUAUUCCAUCUCUAUGGAGAUAAUAGACGUACCUGUACCGUCUAUGGGUGACUCUAUCUCGGAAGGGACAAUUGUGGAAUGGCUGAAACAACCAGGAGAUGCUGUAGUUGAAGAUGAAGUCGUUGUUGUGCUUGAAACGGAUAAAGUGAGUGUUGAUGUACGUUCACCUAUUGCUGGAGCCAUGGGGAAGCAAUUAGCAGCUAUUGAUGAGAAUGUGCUAGUAAAUGCACCAUUAUUUCAAGUCAUUAAAGGGGCAGGAGAUGUCAAAUCGACGCCAGAAGUCCAGACAGAGACAGAGAUCGAGUCGGAGACGACGUCGAGGGCUCUAAAUGAUGAAGAGAUGAUGAUCUCGGUGCCGUCUAUGGGUGACUCUAUUUCGGAAGGGACGAUUGUCAAUUGGAUGAAGAAACGUGGAGAGUUUGUGGCUGAAGAUGACGUUGUUGUCGUGCUAGAGACGGAUAAAGUUAGUGUUGAUGUUCGUGCUCCAAAAAGUGGCACGAUUACAAACACAUUGGCUACUGUGGAUCAAACGGUCAAGAUUGGUGAACCACUUUUCCAAAUGGUUACAGGUGGAGACGCUCCUGCAGCUGCUGCUGCUACUUCGACGUCAGAUACGGCGGCGACAUCGACACCUGCUGCUAUUUCGGAGCCUGCUGCCAUCCCAAAGCCUGUCGCUAUUCCGGAGCCUGUGAAUACUACUAACAAUCCGUUGCUGGCUACACUUGAGCGUGCGUCUCGUCGUGAGAAGAUGAGUCGCAUGCGUCUGCGUACGGCUGAACGUCUGAAAGAAUCGCAGAAUACGGCAGCGAGUCUUACGACCUUCCAGGAGGUGGACAUGUCGAAGCUUAUGGGUCUACGUAAGCAGUACAAGGACGCGUUCGAAGCUAAGCACGGUGUCAAGCUGGGUUUCAUGUCGGCUUUCGUCAAGGCUAGUGCCUCUGCGUUGAUGGAGGUUCCGGGUGUAAAUGCCAUGAUUGACGAUGAGCACCAGGAGAUUGUUUACCGUGACUAUGUGGAUAUGAGCGUGGCCGUCUCGACAUCUAAGGGUCUAGUGACGCCGGUGCUGAAAAAUACCGAGUCUAUGAGCUUUGCUGAUGUGGAAAAAGGGUUGGCGGAGCUUGCAGCUCGUGCACGUGAUGGCAAGUUGACGCUGGAGGAGAUGACCGGUGGCAACUUUACAAUCUCGAACGGUGGUGUCUUUGGCUCAUUGAUGGGCACACCAAUCAUCAAUCUGCCGCAGUCGGGUAUUCUCGGUAUGCACGGGACGAAGAUGCGCCCUGUAGUUGUGGACGGCGAGGUGGUUGCUCGUCCCAUGAUGUACCUUGCACUUACGUACGACCAUCGCCUCGUUGACGGACGUGAGGGUGUCACGUGCCUCAAAGCUAUUGCUGACAAAAUUGAGAACCCGGAGCGACUUUUGCUCGACAUUUGA